CCCCCACGUGUAUAUAUCUCAAAUUAUAUAUACUGUGGAAUGGUAUUUGUAGGGCUGUGUCCAACACCAACAAUACCUUGGGAAGUUACUACUCUUAAAAAAAUUGAUGUGGGUGAUUUUAAUCUUGGGGAAUAGAAGGGUGUGGAAUUUGUUGGUUUGUUUUGAUAAUGGUGACAUAGAGGAUAAUUCACAUGUAUGAAUGGAGAGGCCAUCAACACACUUGCAUUCUUCUCCUCUCAUCUUACUUCCACUCUUGUCUUCUUCCUCCUCCCUCUCUUAUCUCCAGUACACUCUCCCUCUCAAUCCCCAUUUCUUCUACUAGACUGCCCUUCUUCUCAUCUCAGUAAAUACUAUCUCCCAGUGUCAGCCAUUGAAAUGGCGACUCCACAGCCAUUAUUCACCCUUUUCUUCCCUUUCUUGUUCGUCUUCAUUUCUUCAAUCAUAUUCUCAGUGGCUACUACAACAAUAUCAACAAUGUCCAAGGGCCAAAUCUCAUGCACAAUGUGCUCUGAGUGCAGCAACCCUUGUCAGCCCAUUCCCCCGCCGCUGCCUCCAUCCCCACCGCCUCCUCCUCCCACAAUUCUCUGCCCUCCUCCUCCUGCUCCACCACCACCACCUUCUUCCCCCGUCUCCGAUUGCCCGCCACCACCUGACAGCCUGCAGUUCCCUCCGCCACUCCCUCCCAUUGGUGGUAGCGGCAGCGGAGGCGGAGGAGGUGGCGGUGGAUGGUACCCAAUUCUCCCUUACUUUCCAUUUUACUAUUACAGCCCUCCUCCGCCUUCUUCCCUUUCCAACUCCGCUCAUUUCAAAAACCACCCCAUUGUUUCUUCCAUUUUUCUUUCCCUCAGUUUCUUCUACCUCUUCUAAAACAACCAAAAAGAUAAUCAUGUAUAAACCAGCUGGAUCAAAUGAAAAAGAAAAAGGAAAAAAAAACAUCUGCAGCUUCGAUGCGGAUCUGGCAGCGGCAAUGGUGACUGAAGCAGUUUGUCAACUUCAUGCGUAAUUUUAUGCUAAUAUGUUGUUUAUAUAUCUUAAGCUAGAUGUGGGGAAAAUAAAGAUUGUCAACUUUCCUCUCUAUUAUUGUUGUUCCAUUCUUCCAUUCCAUGUUAAUAAUAUUUCGUCUUCUGUCGAUAUUA